AUGAGUCAUAGAGUUCAUUUGCUUCUGGGAGCAUACCAUAUGACAUUUCCUUUGAAAAGUGUUGACAAAACGAUUGAGAUGAAAUCUGUUCCAUACGUAUGUUAUGGCAAUUGUUUGUACAUUGAGUCUAAAAUAGCUAAUGUCACAGGUAUUUCAGGAGUUAAUAGUAAAGGUUCAGUAGAAUAUAAAUCCUUCUGUUAUGCAGUAAAUUCAAUGUUCAUUCCAAACGUUCCUGUCAUAGCAACUCAUUUAGGUAAAUGGGUUCGCAUUAGUCCACAUAAUUUGAAAGAUAUGCAAUUCAGACUAGUUGACUUUCAAGGAGAGCCUGUAGAACUGAAGGCACCAGUGCGAAUGACUGUUGAAGUUGACUUUUUAGAAAAUAUUAAAUGCGACGGCUUACAAGAGAACUCAGAGCUAAAAAUAUAA